UGAAAUUGAAUUCCCACAGUGGAAAGAAAAAAAACUAUUUAGAAAUCUGAUAAGUUCGUGUUAGUUACCAAAAAGCAGCAACAUCAACUAUGAGUGAUGAUGCAACCAAAAAAAGAGGCAAGAGCAGUGGGAAGUCAACAAAAAGAAAAUCUAAGAGGAGGGAGACCUAUGCUGUUUACAUCUAUAAGGUUUUGAAACAGGUCCAUCCGGACACUGGUAUCUCAAGCAGAGCAAUGAGCAUCAUGAAUUCCUUUGUCAACGAUGUCUUCGAGAGAAUUGCCACAGAGGCGUCCCGACUGACCCAAUACAACAAACGCUCCACCAUCACAAGCCGAGAAGUGCAGACAGCCGUUCGUCUGCUUUUGCCUGGAGAGCUGGCAAAGCAUGCCGUGUCCGAGGGGACUAAGGCUGUCACCAAAUACACUAGUUCAAAAUGAACUCCAAAGUGAAGGGGAAUACGGUUUGCACAUCAGCUUAGCACUCACUUAAAAAACAUUAUUUUUAGAGCUGAUCCCUUUAUAACUCUGGAAAUAAACACACUUAAACAAGCAUUUCUGCAUCUGCACGUUAUUUAGGAGAAACCUCCUUCCUGUAUGACUGCUGAUGUCCAAAUACCAAACAAGCUAUUGGGGAAAAAAAACAAUUGACUGUAUAUACUUAUGGUAUAGUGGUAAGCAGACCGCUUGAACCGUUUUCCUUUGGGGGUUCAGUUUGAUUGUAGGGCCUACUCCUUCUGUUGGAAUGGCUUGGUUGUGUAUUCUCUCAGUUGUCUUGAAUAAAACAAGUCCCAGCCCUCCUAUCC